GCUUGAUAUUAUACUUAGUACACCAGUAUUAGUUUUGCCGCGAUCAUGUAAAAGUGCAGAGGUUUUGGUUGCUAACUUGGGCAAAAUAACUAUAUGUAACACACAGGAGAAUUCGGAGAAUUGUCCUGAAAGUAUAAGUAGAGAUACAUAUUUUAUAGAUAUAAGAAAUGUUAACCUUUGCUCGUUAAACAUUAACAAAAGAAGCGACAUUAGAUCCAAAGUGCCACCCAAAGCUAAUGAAAUAUAUUCUUGCCAUAAAGACGCAAUGGCAAUAUUACACGAUACAGCUCUUCUAUUUCAAUGUAUUUAUGAAUCUAAAACACCUGAACCAGACAGAUCAUGGGAUAAACAUCAAACGCUUUUAAUUGACGGAAGUGUUACUCAAAGCUUAAAUGUAUGUUUAUCAAGAUCACAAUAUGAACAAGUAAUAGAAACCAUGGGAUACGCAACUAAUAUUAUGCUUUUAAAAGAAUCAAUUAUUAAAACAGAAAAAGAAAUUGAAGCAUCUGAAGAGGCAUGUGCAACUGAGCACUCAAAAACUAACGAUUUUAAAAAAAUUUGCCUACAAUUUUCAGUGCCAAUCUUCAAACUAGAUUUAAAAAAUGAGCAUAAUAUUUCUCUUAUACAUAUAACGUUACAAGAAUUUAUAUUUCAUAAAAAUGAUACCACACAUCAAAAAGAAGUUCAAGUGUUACUACGAUCCGUUGUUAUGGAAGACUUAAAAUGUACAACAAAAUCCAAAUAUAGAAAUAUGGUAAAUUCGUUAAGAGAUAAUGAUAAUAAUCAUUUAUCUAGAGAUAAAAUCUCUCAUUCGUGUCCAGACUUAUCAAAUUUUAAAGAUUUUGAAAUUCUCAAUAAAUGUAUGUCUAUGCCGAGAAAUUUAAACGAAAAAAGAAAAGACAAUAUUAAAAAUAAAAAUUUUAAUAUGAAAUGUUUUAAAAAAAUCGAUCUUGAAAUUAAUCAGAAGAUUAAAACGGAAAACUUAGUAAUAUAUAAAUCUAUUACAACUUGGAGUAUUGAUACAAAAAAUGAAGAAGAAACUAAAAGUUCCAUCGAUUUUAACUGUCUAAAUUUAAUCAUAUCUAUUGAGAAAUGGUUUAUGGUGUUUGAUUUUUUUGGACUUAUUACUAAUCAAGCAGAUAAUUCAGACGAGCAAAGAAAUCAGAAAUCUUCUAACAAUCAAACCCUUUCCAAGAGAGAAUUGCAAAUAUCAGUUCGUUCUCUCAAUCUCAUUUUGGUCAGAAAUGAGUCUGAAUUAUCGAAAGCCAAUAUUUCAUGUGCGAUCUUGCAUAUUAAUAAGGAAGAUGUAAUAAAAUCAAUAGAUGGACGAUUGGGAUCUAUUUCUUUAUAUGACUUAACACCAUAUGGCUAUUUGUAUCAAGAAAAAUUUUCCACAUCUGGGACCGAGGCAUUAAGUUUUACAUAUAACAGGAAAUCAAAUUACCCAACAAGGACAUUAGAUAAAGAUGCAACCCUGUUAAUUUUCAUGUCCUCCGUCAAAUACAUACACACCAAGAGGUUCAUCGUGGAAAUUCACUUGUUCGUGAAAGAGCUAUUACAGCUACAGUCGCCUGUAAUGAAUCGGAUUAAAAUUAAAAAGAAAGGAUCAAGGAAAAAUCUGAACAGUACUGUAAAAAUUGGAUUGGAAAUACACGCAGAAUCUCCAAUUAUUCUGUUACCGGUUUCUUACAAUAGUAACCAACUGUUAAUUGUCGAUCUUGGCAAAUUUACGUUAGUAAAUAGUUUUCACUACGCAAACGAUUUGACGUCUUUAAAUGAAAAGCGAAUGGAACUUAUUGCUUAUAAUGAAAUUGUCGAUUUAAUGAGUAUUGAACUAGUAAACAUAAAUGUUCUUACUGGUGAGCGUGAAAACAGUAAUCAAAGGAGUCGUACAGUUGAAACUAAUUCAAAUAUACUUCACGUUGGAAAUUUCAGUAUUGUGAAGCUAGGCAAUACAAUAUUUAAAGAAAAAUGUCAUUUAAAGUUACAAGUAAUAAGAAAUACUGAAUCAGAUGUAAGUCAUAAUAUUCCGGACAUAACAGUAAAAGGGACACUUUCGGAGCUUCACGGGCUAAUUAAUUUGCAACAAUACAAACUUAUUCGAGGCUUUCUUAACUACAACUUAGGGGAGACUAUAGAUGAUGUAUAUUACAGCUUUCAAGUUAAUCUUAGUGAAUCCAUUGAAAAACUUUGCUCUAUGACAAAAGUAAAUGUAUCCCAUCAAAAUAACCCAUCCAAUUGGACUACUUUAUCAAUGAAUUUUCUGCUAGAAAAUGUAAUUAUAUCUUUAGCUGAAUCAAUUGAUUUCAGCAACUAUUAUUCAAACGAUACAUUGGCCUGUAUUAAGUUUAUAAAAUCAACAUUGGAAAUUGACUCUUUUAGUGAUGGCUCACAGGAUAUUGAUUUAAUUUCAAGUGAAAUUCUAAUUAUGGAUGCUAGAAAUCAUUUUUCGGGGUACAGUUCAAAGAAUAUAUUCAAGUAUAUUUUAAAACCAUCUGUUGAAGGUUCCUCUACAAAUGUAGUACAAGCUGAAAUCCAUAGCCGGAAACGAAACGAUACAUCUAAAUAUACAAUACUUUUAAACAAUAUGAGAAUAAUGGCCAUCCUAGAUUACUUGGAAAAAUUAAAUAACUUUUUGAAGGAAGAACCACAAAUGACUUCAGAAACAAGUUUAAAGCAGAAAAUAAUUUCAAGUAUUUCAACACCACAAGAAUCGGAGAAGACAUCGGCUCCAUGUUUGGAGGACAACUCCAAAUAUGAAUUUGUGCUAAAUAUUACUAAUUCCGAAAUAGUGUUUGUUGAAAACAAUGAUCAGAUUGAUACAAAUGCUAUAAUAUUGAAAAGCACAACGGUUUAUUCUUACAAACCAAACAGUAUUGUUCCUAUUUCAAUAGAUAUAAAUCACCUAGAAAUAUUCUCUUGUAUUUUGGGAUCUGAAAACGAAAGUUCUCAGUCAAUUAUUGACCCUUUUACGCUUAAUAUGGAGGUGCGUAACAAUUGUUUUCAAGUUCAGAUUCAAAAUAAGAUUUUUUUGCGAAUUUCUUACAACGAUGCUAUGUUGUUUUCUCGAAUUAUGCAAUCUAUACCAAAGCAAACAAACAAACAUGUAUUAAGGAAUUCGAAUCAACGUAAUGACUACAAUAAAAUUGCACCAUUAGUUGCAAUGGGCUUUAAACAUUCCGAAUGUUGGCAUGCAAUGGAGGUCAAUGGUUUUAAUAUUAAUGAAGCAGCUAUUUGGUUAUCACAACAUAAAUAUAAGAACUCAAAUACUGCGCUUGAAAUAAAUUGCAUUAUGUUGAACGUUAGUUCUAUUUCAGUGUGUAUAAUCGACGAUUGCUUAGACGCUGAUGUGCCUCUUUUAGAAGUUUCUCUCUCUAAUCUUAUUAUAAGUCAAAGAAUUCAGACAAAAGAUGAUAAAAAUAUUAAAUUUUAUGAGGGAGAAAUUGAUGCUGUGAUUUCUAGUGACUACUACAAUCGUCGACUAAGCGGUUGGGAGCCAAUAAUUGAACCUUGGCAGUGUACGGGUCGUUGGAAGUUCUCAAAAAGUAUAGUAGAUAAAACAAAACGAUUGUUUAUACAAGGAAAUAGCAAACAAGUGUUAAAAUGUAAUAUUACAUCUACACUUUUGGAGUUAUGUGAUUUAGUCCAUAAAAAUUGGACAGAAGAUUAUUUUAAACGGUCUGUUUCUAAAAACGAUGACAUCCAAUGUACAAACGUUAAUGUUCGAAGAAGACUUCCAUUUGUUCCAUUUGCAUUAAAAAACUUAACCGGGGAACCACUUAUAUUUAAAAUAUUUUUUUCGCAUGCUGGUGGCAUAACACGUACAGAAGUAACACAACAAGAUCUUAUGUGCAACUGGAUAUCUGCACAACACAAUGAAGUAGUUCCCUUUGAUUUUGGUCCCCAAAGUAAAUUAAGACAUUUGGAUUCUCAUAAACUUAACAUGCAUCAGAUACUUGUUCAAAUUCAUGGCUGGACAUUAAUUGGUCCCAUUUCAAUUGAUAAAGUUGGAACAUUUUUCCGUUAUGCCAAUCUAGAUAUGCAAUAUAACAAAAAGGCCCGAAUUGUUUUUGAAAUCUCACUUGUUGGAUCGGCACAAAAAUUAAUUGUAGUUCGUUCAGCUUUAAAUGCAGUAAACAAUACAAUGAAAACAUUUCUUUUACGCAUGAAGCUGAAAAAUGAAAAAGAAUCUAAUCUGAUGACAUUAAACCCACUAGAAAAAAUAACAAUACCUUUGCGAUUUGUUGAUUCCUCUAUCUACCUAAAACCGCUCUCUGGCGCAGAAUCCAAUGAUAACAACGCCGAUCUUUAUGGAGAAAGUACUGAUUCAUUGGAUAAUAAUUGGCAAGUAGAUGACAAUGGCUUCUGUACAAGAUCUAUUCAAUGGACUCACUGUAAUUCAAAUGACAGUAUCCAGGAUAUACAUUCGUGUUACUCCCCAAAUAAAAUACCAUUUCAUGUAUUAACUGAAAUAAAAAAAGAUAAAUAUCCAAUAAGAGACAAUUUAUCAAUGCCAGGUCACACUAUUACUAUUAUACCACCCCUUAAGCUGAAAAACUUGCUGUGUUGUGAUUUAAUCUUCAAAAUUAUGGGACAUACUCAGGGUAGAUUAAAUGCUUCUGAUGAAGUAGAAAUUUACUCUAUUGACAUCAAUGAAUCAUUUUGCCUCAGCAUAACUUUAGACAAUUAUAAACUUUCUGGACAAUUAAAAAUUCCAAUGGGGCAUACUGGGAUUGUGGAACCGAAGUUAAAAUUAAUUGAUGUUCUUAAUAGAGAGCUCUUUUUGCGAAUAUCAAUACAAUCAUUUCAAGGGAAAGGAAUGGAAAUAUUUAUCGGAGCUCCAAUUUGGCUUAUAAAUAAAACUGGACUGCCACUUAUUUUUAGGCAAGAGGGUACAAACCUUAUAGCAUCUGGCCAGUUUGAUGAACACGAACAUGCCAGAGAAGUGUCACCUCUCAUGUUUUCGUUUUCCGAUCAGGAAGGGUCUCCAUUACUAGAAUUUCGUCUAGGAAAAAGUUUUGGAAAUAACAAUCAGUGGUGUAAAAGUUUUGGAAUCCACAAAGAGACUACUUUUCGCGAGUUAAAGGCAGAGCAGUCAAAAAUUAACUAUGUAAUUGGUGUAAAUGUGCAAAGGGGAACUGGGUUAUAUAGCUGUACAACAUUUAUUACACUCACACCUCGCUUUCAACUGUAUAAUAGAACUACACAUAGACUGGAAUUUGCUCAGAAGUGCGAUAUAAAAGAAAUGAAAAAAACUUUGUCUGAUAAGGUAAUAAUUGCCCUGCCAGGAUGCAAUUUUCCUUUUCAUUGGCCAAAUUGUGAGCAGGAACCACUGUUAUGUGUACGAGUAGUAGGUGAAGACUAUUCUCAUUGGUCCAGUGGUUUGCCGGUAAAUGAAGCUAAAAGCCUUUACAUAAAUAUUAGAAAUGAAUUAGGUGACAUGAUAUUUUUACGAUUGGAAGUUAUACUGCAUGGAGGAACAUAUCUUUUGCACUUUACGGAUGCUAGUACGUUACCACCACCAAUACGGAUUGAUAAUUAUUCGGAAGUUCCAAUUUAUUUUUAUCAAAAAGGUAUCGAAUCACAAUGGAGGACUACUGCAAAGCCACAGUCAUCGCUGGCAUAUGUGUUAGAUGAUCCUAUAGGACCACAAUCUUUGUUAUUUGAAGCUCCUGGGGGAAAUUUUAUUGAAUACUCUAUCAACAAAAGCGGUGCUACUAAAAGCAUUACAUAUGCAAAUUUCAUAUAUAUAGCUUUUAAGGAAACUUUUCGAUUAGUUCCAUCUGAUUGUGAUAACAAAAAUGAAGGAAUUGAAGGUCAACAGUUGGUUCUAGGCGUUAAAGACAAGCGGGUAAUAAUAACAAAGAAGUGCACGGGUGACCGCUCUCAACUAUGGUUAAUGAAUUCUUUUGGCCAACUAGAACAUGAAGGUUCAUCGCCUCCGACAGAAUUUUCAAAAUCAACACAUCAAACCCCUCGCUUAGUUUUAGAUCUUGAAAAACCGCCAAAUCCCACUGACUAUACAAAGCUCGUUGUACGACCGCAAAAUAAUCAAAGAGUCACUACACAAACUUGGCGUUUCGAGAACGGUAGACUGAUGUGCCACGCAAAUAUGUGUGUACAGGCUGCAAAUGGUGUAUAUGGAUUGCAACCUGGUUUUGAUGCUGUUUUGGGAAGAAUGGAGAUUAGCUCGAGAGCUUCUAAUUCAGACCACGUUCCAUUUGAACAAAGUAUUGAAAUUCAGAAAUUACGGCCGGGUUCAGGGCAUCUUGAAGUAGUUAAUAAAAUGGAUGGGCCAAUAAAAUCCAUACAAAUUCACGAUGUAAAAUUAAAUUCGGAUGAAAUAAUACUUGCUCCAGAUCCAAUGUGGAAUCAUGCAUCUGUUUUUAAUAAAGGAUUAACGAACAACAAAAAUCUUCCCAUUCUGGAUGAACUAAUGAUCAAACUAACGCUGUCAAAAGGAUUGGGAAUUUCAAUAGUCACACGAUCCCCUUGUGAAGAAUUAGCGUAUAUAACGUUAGAGAACAUAAUUGUUGACAUAAUUUUAUUGCCCUUCACGAAGUCGAUCGAUUUAAAAGUCAGAGACCUGCAAAUAGAUAAUCAGCUAUUGGAAGCGCAAUGCCCUAUAGUAUUGUAUACUUGGAAGUCAAAUAACGAAACCUCAGACCAAGAGUCAUUAAUUUUGAGGGCAAAAUUGUUGCCAAGCCCAAAUAAGAAUGCUGUUAUAUUUGAAAAUUUUUCUUUUGACAUUAAACCUUGUACUGUUGUAAUAGAAGAAAGAUUUAUUCUCAAAACUGCGUUAUUUUUGGGAUACAAAAAACAUACUCAACGACAUGAGAAGUUACCGGAUAAUCAUAUAUACCAUAAAUAUGAAAAUCCAUUUUCGAAAAAUGCUAAGAGAUUUUAUUUUGAAAGCUGUUUAAUUGGAUCAACACAGGUACGACUAAGUGUUUUAACUGCUCCUAAAUUGAAUACUGAGCUAGUAGAAAUAAAAAAAUCCUUGGGAUUAACCCUUAUUAAGUUCGAAGAUGCUAUUAUAGAAUUUGAUAAGUUUUCGGAUAGACAUCAUUUUGAAACAUUAGAAGUCUAUGGGAAGGCACUUAAAGCUCAUUAUAUGAAUCAGUUAAAGUGGCAUGCUGCAUCUAUUCUAGGAAGUGUUGAUUUUUUGGGAAAUCCGUUGGGAUUUGCAAAUGAUUUAUCGGAAGGAGUAUCUGGCCUCAUUUUUGAGGGAUCAGUCAAAAGUUUGGUUAAAAAUGUUACACAUGGUAUAUCAAACUCCACUGCAAAGUUAACGGAAACUUUAUCAGAUAGCCUUGGAAGAGUCGUUUUAGAUGAACACGAUAAUGAAACAAGACAAAAAAUUUUGGAAGUAGCACAUCCUACAUCGGGAGGUCAUUUAGCUGCUGGUUUAAAAGGUUUUGGGUUUGGAUUACUUGGUGGAGUCACGAGCAUUGUUCGACAUACUUAUGUUGGUGCUCAGUCUGAUGGUCUUCCUGGAUUUUUUAGUGGUCUCGGCAAAGGCAUUGUGGGUACGGUUACCAAACCGUUGAUUGGUGUUCUGGAUUUAGCAUCUGAAACUGCUACCGCUGUGAGAGAAACAAGUAGAGGUUCACACCAUUAUCUACCAGAUCGUAAGCGUUUGCCAAGAUGCGUAACUGGAGCACCGGGUGGACUUUUACCUUUCUAUUCCUAUCGACAAAGUAAAGGUCAGCAGUAUCUUUAUAUAAUAAAUCGACGAAAUUUUGGAGAAAAGCUUAUAUUUUAUGAGCCAAAUCUUUGCAAUGAUAAAGAAGCGCAAUUAAGACUUUUGGUAUCGACAGAAUAUGUGAGAAUUUUUUCAAGAUGCGAAGAGGAUCCUGCUAUUAUGUUUGAAUGUCAUUUAAGUGAAGUCCUAUCCUGUCAUCCAAUUACAACUAACACGACUAUAUCAAGCAAAGUACUACCUAAUUAUUAUAUUGAGAUAUCAACAAAUGUACCAAAGAUUACAAGGCCAAGAGUCAGAUGUCAAACUGAAGAUAUUGCUGAAAGAGCCUCAAGAUGUAUUAAUUACGCUAAAGCUGUCUACGAUGAACGGGAACUUUCAGUGGCAACAUUUUGAAUUUAAUCAACAUGAAUAUAUGUAUUUAUAAUAAAUAAAAGCAAUAUGAAAACUUUGUAUAAAAUAUUUUAUGUAAUAUAUUUGUUAUGGUGAAAUUAAGAAAUAAGAUAAUUAACAAUAUAAUAAAUAUUUGUUUAAAUAAUAAUAAUACAAUCAAAUGUACGUAAGUAAUUACUUUUAUCUAUUAACUAUCUACAUCAAAAUAAGAUAAUGGGAACUUAAUUGCCACAAUUAUUUAGUAUACAGUAAUGUAAUUCCAAUAAAAUUUAAAAUUCUCGAUGUACGAUUUUUUACAUUUACUUAUUUUCAGUCUCCGAUUUUUUGCAUAAAUACAAAAUUACAAAAAUACAAAAAAACUUAUUGUAUUAAUCUAUAAUUAAUGGUUAUGUUUUUUCAGUUUGAUAAUUUUAAAGAAAAACAACCCAGCAAAAACUUACAUUCAUUGAAAAGUAAGUUUUUUUGCAAGUACAAUUCAUUACCAUGUUUCAGCUGGGUAAAACGGCAAAACUCAAAAUAAAGUACUUACGUAUAUGAUUAUAUGUAAGUCAUUAUAAGAGUGCUUAAAAGUAAUGCAGACUGUAAGUAUUAGUCAUUGAAAAGUAAGUGGUUAUGUAAGUACAAGCCAUUACCGAGUUUUUUCUGGAAAGUGUUCUAUAAAAAUACCAAGCUAAAACUUUCAUUGUCAUGUAAGGGGUUAAAAUGCUAAAAUUUACUUACACAAUAGCAUUUUAAGUCAUUAUUUUAACACGGCGAUGUCAUUAUAGGUAAGUACUCACCACAAUCGCUUACAGGUAAUUAGAGAAAUCAGUAAAUGCAAAUCGUGUGAAAAAACUUAUACAGCUUCUAUACCUUCACGAAGGCUAAUGAAAAGUAAUGACUUUCUUAUAAUCUGAUAUGGAAGUACUUUAUUUUCAGCUUUGUCAUUUU